AUGAAUCGUCAACAAGGACCAGGUCAACCCUUACGGAACCUGACAAACACUACUCAACCUCGCAACACCACUCCCGGUAGCAGGCUGAUAACAAGCAAAUCCGGAGCUUGGGGCUCAAAUACCUCUCAACCAUUACCACAGCCGAAUGAUGCUGCCAGUAGCUGGGCUCAAGCCAUGAAUCCUCGCUCGAAUAACCAACCUCUCGACCUUUCCUCUUCCUCCUUUCCAAGUCUAGCUGGUGGUAGUGUGCAAGCACAAGCCCCAGGAGCUCCAUCUAGUCAAUGGCAUUCAGGACCUCCAGCGGCACGCGAACCAUCGCAGCCACAGAGUUCUCGAAACAUCCAGCAAAGACAACCACCGAUAUCCUCCCAACGUGACCAGAAUUAUGGCAGCGAGUUCUCCUCCCCAAUAGAUCAACCAUCAUCGAGGUUUCAGCUACCGAGAGGGGCACCGCCAGGGUUAGCACCUAUAGAUGGCAUGUCUCCUGACAGCACCAUACAAUCCAGAAAGACUCCAACAUCCCAAAUGGUGAACGGAAGCAUAGGACAAGAGCGUACGAACGGUGACCAAAAGAGUCAAUCACCCACAUCAGCGAUACAGGGACAAGGUAGACCGAAAGAUAUGUUCGCUGGCCCCGAACCAAUGUCCCCAAUAACACAACAGGACCAGACGAUGGAGUCACUGCUCAGUGGGUUGUCAGAAAAGGAUAAAUGGGGCAUGGCAGGCUGGCAAGCACUUCACGAAGGGCCAGGAGCUGAGUUCAAAGCAUUGACGCGGCAACAAGACCAGGCUGCAUUCGAGCACUACUCAGCAUCGGGUCAACCGUUACUGCGGACGUAUACAGGACCUUUUGCACCACCCAACGCCUUCCCACCUCGACCACUAGAUACCGAUUACACGAUACCCGAUUGCUACAUCGUGCAGAAUGUAGCUCCGAUCCAGCAGAGGAUAAGUGGUUUUACUGAAGACACGUUGUUCUACAUUUUCUACACGAGUCCCAAGGACAUCAUCCAGGAGGAAGUGGCGACUGAGCUGAUGUCUCGGAAAUGGCGCUUUCACAUGAAGGAAAAGAUGUGGUUGACCAGAGAUGACACGACACAGAAUCCUCAAAUACUGGAGAAGGACGUGUGUGAGCAGGGCUACUACAUCUGGUGGGACUAUCGAAAUUGGAAACGAAUCAGGAAGAUGUACAUCCUGCGAUACGAGGAUCUUGAUGAUCACCUGAGCGGAGGUCGUAGUUUAGCUAUGCCUGGUCUCUUUCAAGGCGGGUUCGGUCCUGUGGGAGUCAUGAACGGCGGGAGUGGUACUGGCCCUUUCAACGCUGUGCCUGGACUCGAGAGAAUGGCUGCUUUAGGCGGCAGAUUCUAG